UGGGUGGCUCAGUGGGUUGGGCGUUUGACUCUUGGUUUCAGCUCAGGUCAUGAUCUCAGGCUCACGAGAUCAAGCCCCACACUGGGCUCCACACUCAGUGGGGAAUCUGCUUGAGAUUUUCCUCUCCCUCUGCCCUCCCCUACACAAGUGUGCGCUCUCUCUUUCUAAAAUAAGUCUUAAAAACAAACUUCCCUGUUUUUGAUGAUUACAGACUCCCAUUUCAAACUUACUCAUCCCUGCUCUCAGCACCCUGGGGCCCCUACUGCUGCUUGACUUGGGUGCUGUGGGGCACAGAUGGGAGACUCUACCAUGCCUGAGUGGGCCCUGUCCAUCGCAAGUUCUGGGGAGGCCCCAUCCUUGUGGAUUCUGAGAGGCAAAGUUAAGUGUCCUUGGCAAGCCCCAAGGAUGCCUCUCUAUCCUAUCAGUCUGGUCUGGCACCCGGUGAUAGUUGGUGGUGUUAAGACAAGUCCAAGGCGGGUUAUCAUCGGAAGAAGGAAAGCUUUUCUGGCACCUGGACUGAGGGUAUUUGGGACUGGUAGUACUGCCCCCUAGGGGGCACUCUGGAAACAUGGGGCAUUUUUUUGCCAGAGGCAAACAUUUGAAGGGAUGCUACUGGCAUUUAGCUGGGCAACCUGAAACGCUUCAGGCCCCUCCCUUAUGAUGAAGAAUUCUCAAGACAAAUUUUGAAUGACCCACAGGACAUCACGUAUAUGAAAAGCCUGUUUAUCUGAACCUAGAACUUUUUAACACGUAAACACGAAAUCGUUUUUGCACGUUUUGAAAAAGACGCCGUUUGCCAGGAAUGUACCUACGUGUAAAUUAAAACCGGACUUUGCUUUGCUCAGCACUUUGCCAAGAACCGGCUCAUUAUUUUGGAACACCAGGUCACCAAUGGCCGCGCUGCUUGGCACAUGGAUCGCCGAGACAGCAGCGGUAUCAGUUGCUAUCGUAGCUGCUGCAUCCACAGUGAUUCUACGUAGGGGGUGGGCCGUGGAUGACAUCGCCUUCUUGUUUAGCUGGGCCCAAGCUUUCACAUGUGAAAUACUUGUUAUCACCAAUCACCUUCAUUUCUCCUUUCUGUUACGGGCAGCCAAGACGAAGAAGAAAGCAGGGCAGCAUGAGCCGAUCAUCCCCCCAUCCCAUCCAACUCCAAUCCAUGGGCCCCCAGGAUGCCCUGGUUCCCCUGUCGCCGCCGCCUGCUAUCCAAAAUCCCUCCUCUAACCCUUGGGCCUCUCAGUGUGGGCCUCCUCCCUGGAGCCUCAGCUGUCUUCUGGCUCUGCAGCAUAUCUUGGUCCUGGCUUCUCUGCUCUGUGCCUCCCACCUGCUCCUGCUUCAAAGUCUCCCCCCGGGAGAGCUUUCGUACUCCCCUGCGCAGCUCUUGGCCUCCAGCCUCUUUUCGUGUGGUGUGUCUACCACCCUGCAAAUCUGGAUAGGCAGCAGGCUCCCUCUUGUCCAGGCUCCAUCCUUACAGUUCCUUGACCCUGCUCUGGUGCUGACCAGCCAGAAGCUACCUCUGGCCACCCAGACACCUGGAAACUCCUCCCUUGUGCUGCGCCUGUGUGGGGGGCCUGGCUGCCAUGGCCUGGGGCUCUGGAACACUUCUCUCAGAGAGGUGUCCGGGGCUGUGGUGGUAUCCGGGCUGCUGCAGGGCACCCUGGGGCUGUUGGGGGUUCCUGGCCACUUGUUCUCCCACUGUGGGCCCCUGGUGCUGGCCCCCAGCCUGGUGGUGGCAGGGUUCUCUGCCCACAGGGAGGUGGCCCUCUUCUGCUCUACUCACUGGGGCCUGGCCUUGCUGCUUAUCUUGCUCAUGGUGGUCUGUUCUCAGCACCUGGGCUCCUGCCAGUUACCUCCCUGCCCCUGGAGACCAGCUUCAAACUCUUCUCCUCACACUCCCAUUUCCGUCUUCCGGCUCCUCUCGCCUGGCUUGGAAGGUUCUGGGGGAGGGGUUCUUCCCUGUCUCAGUCUUGCCCCUCAGGUGCUGACGCCAGUGGCCUGUGUGUGGAUCAUCUCUGCCCUUCUGGGUCUGCGCAUCAUCCCCCCAGAGCUGUCUACCUCCCCCGAGGCGCCAUGGGUCUGGCUGCCUCACCCAGCUGAGUGGGACUGGCCCUUGCUGACACCCAGGGCUCUGGCUGCAGGCAUCUCCAUGGCUUUGGCAGCCUCCACCAGCUCCCUGGGCUGCUAUGCCCUGUGUGGCCAGCUGCUGCAAUUGCCGUCCCCACCUCCACACGCCUGCAGUCGAGGGCUGAGCCUGGAGGGUCUGGGCAGCGUGCUGGCCGGGCUGUUGGGGAGCCCUAUGGGUACUGCAUCCAGCUUCCCCAACGUGGGCACAGUGAGUCUUAUCCAGAUGGAGAAGCUGGAGCAAGGCCUGUUGAUGCAGCCAUGGGCCUGGCUACAACUUGCUGAGAACUCUCUCUUGGCCAAGGCAUAUAUCACCAAGCAGGGGUACGCCUUGCUGGUUUCAGAUCUUCAACAGGUGUGGCAUGAACAGGUGGAUGCUUGUGUGGUCAGCCAGCGAGCCAAGGAGCUGAACAAGCGCCUGACUGCCCCCCCUGCGGCUUUCCUCUGUCAUUUGGAUGAUCUACUUCGCCCGUUGUUGAAGGACACAGCUUGCUCCAGCAAAGCUACCUUUGUCUGUGAUCGUGUGGCCGAGGCACUGAUCCUGCGUGUGCGGAGUGAGCUCUCUGGUCUCCCCUUUUAUUGGAAUUUCCACUGCACCCUAGCCAGCCCUUCCCUGGUCUCCCAGCAUUUGAUUCGUCCUCUCAUGGGCAUGAGCCUGGCCUUGCAGUGCCAAGUGAGGGAGCUAGCAACCGUGCUUCGUAUGAAAGAUCUAGAGAUCCAGGACUACCAGGAGAGUGGGGCUGUGCUGAGCCGAGAUCGGUUGAAGACGGAGCCAUUUGAAGAAAAUUCCUUCUUGGAACAAUUUAUGGUAGAGAAACUACCAGAGGCAUGCAGCGUAGGUGAUGGAAGGCCCUUUGUCAUGAAUUUACAGAAUCUGUAUAUGGCAGUCACCAGACAAGAGAUCCAAGGGAGACAGAACCAUCAGGGCACUGGAGAUCCUCAGCCCUCAAGCAGUGCCUCCCCACAAGGGACCGAAAACCAACUUCUGAACCAGCCGGAAGAACCAGCACCAUCCCUCCCAGUGCCCGAGAAAGAGCCCCCAGGUACUUCAGGCCCUAUGCACAGACCUCAGCUGUCAAAGGUCAAGAGGAAGAAGCUAAGGGGGCUCUUCAGUUAACCUGUCCCUGUCCCGACUGCGGAGAAUGGGCUUGGAGAAUAGUUUCCUCGUGUCACCUUGAGAGGAGCUCCUGUAGCAACAGCAUCUCCAGCACGGGGUUACAUAGUCAGAGGCCCCACAGCAAGGCUGACGUAACAGAAAUUCCCGCGGACAGGCGUGGGUACUGUUAACCCAGGGAAUCUGGGCUCCCACCCGCUGGGCGUUGGCCUUCCCUAGCCGAGUGGAAGCCAGCUUCUGAGAAUCCCAUACCUUCCUCUCUUUUGUCGGAGGUUCCCCAGACCCAGGAUCCUACCAUGGACUUUAGGUGCAGAGGACAAGUCAGCAAAAAAGGCACAACGUGCUCAGGAAGCCUUGUCCACCUUUCUCAAGAGUCCCUAGCUCCUCAGAGACCCACUUCUCUCUUAAGCCCGGAAUAAAAAGCACUCACACUCCCCUGCUUUCGAGAUGGCUUAUUCUGUGGAACAUAUAACCAACCUCUUUCACUUUACUGGGCCCCACCCAUUGUUGUCUCUAGAUGAAGUUUAGGCCCUCGAUCUGCUCCUUCAGAUUCUUCUCAUGCUUCUCUCGUUGUGGCCUGCGCUAAGCCUCCAUUUGGGAACAUUGGUCUAGAGAACUCUCUCCGUGGCGGGCACAACACAGCACAGAUCACUGCUGCUGUCCUCUGCCCAACGUCAUGUAGGGUGUUUUUUUGUUUUUUGUUUUUUUGUCUGUUUCCAAGGCAUAGACAACAGACUAAACCACAAUCUGGGAUUGAAAUUAUAAAGAGCUCCGAGCACAAGGGCUGAGGUAGUUUCCCAUUGGAGUGGGAGAGAAAGGGAUUUUAUUCUCCCAUCCUUCAUGCUACUUCAAAUAACAUGGCAACUAGAAGAACUUGAAAAGGCAGGCCAGCAGGGAGCAGGAACGGCCACAGAUUUCUCUGAGACAACAGAAUUGGCCUUAGCAGGAAAAAAGACAAAGUUUGUAUGAGAUAGGCGGCAUCUUCGUUAGAAAGUCAACUCUUCAGGCAGAUCAGGCAAGAUUUAGCAGACCAGGAUUGGCAAAGUCCCUUGGCCUUUCCUGCUAGGUUGUCCUCGACAGGUAAGACCAUCUGAAACAUUACUUUGGAGAGACAGGAAGGAAAGUUGAACUCAGAUGUUCCCUGGGAGCUGUCAGGUGGAGGAAGGAGUCGGGGCAGAACCCAUGGAGGCCUCUCCUGGUUUAUUUACUUACGAUGGUCAAAUGCCUCCUCAUCCCCAUGCCUUCUCUGUCUGGGACAGGUGUUUCUGUCCUUAGGUCAGGUCAUGGGGAAGACGACAACCCAAGUGAUAAUAAAAUAAUAAUGAUUAUAAGAAGAACAGCACUAAUAAUAAGCAGCUAACAGUUACUGAGCAGUUAAUAUACACCAGGUGCUCUGGUAAGUGCCUGACAUUGAAUCCUCUCAGCAUCAGAGGAAGAAGAUACUGUUCACCCGCUUGGAAAUAGAGUCUUGAAGUGAUUAAGUGACUUAUCAAAGGUCACACAGCUAAUAAGUAACAGCCAGCAUUUAAACCCAGACUUCUGAGUUCUUAACUGCAUUGGUGUGUAUAUGACUGACAAACAUUCUCCGGGAAGGGUGUUAGGCCUUCUUUCCUGUCUUGUGCUGGAACCAUCCUUCUCCUGUGCACCUGCCUCCUUUCAGCAGGAUCUUCUGGUUCCCACUGGCUCCUCACGGCAGAGCCUCUCAGGACUCCAGGACCCCCGUGCUUUCACCGACCAGCAGAGUCUGAGAGUUCCCCCAGGGCUCAUUCCAAGUCACCACCAAUAACUCUGCCUCCAGACUGCAGCACCCCAAGAUGCGCCCCACCGUCCAGACUAUCGUUGAAGUGAACUGAGGACUAUGUAAAAACAAUCUAUCAGGUGGCUCACUUUCUUCCCUAGUUUCUUUUUGGCAUAAUUUAGACAGCCAGAUUUCUGCAUAGAUGAGGUAUGAGACCACAUAAAAAAUGGGAAGACUUCCCCAGCCAGCUGAGGGAGGAAAUAAGCGUUCUUCACCCUGGAUAAUCCCUCUGUGCUAAAACCACGGUUUCAAGAGCAUGCAUUUUUUUUCUAAUUUUUAAUUUUUUUUUAAGUAGGCUCCACACCCAGCGUGGAGCCCAAUGAGGGGCUUAUACUCAACAACCCCGAGAUCAAGAGUCGGAUGCUCAACUGACCGAGCCACCCAAGUGCCCCAAGAGCAUGCAUUUUUAAUCAGAGGGGGCUCGGGUUUGUGAAUCCCCUAAAAUUGUGAGUAAAAUUCUAAGAGCAUAACAUUUUCGUGUUCUCAAAAGAAUGCGUGACUUUUUUAAAAAUUAGGUUAAGUAAGAACGUGCCUAGUGAUCUCCCUGCCACCGCCCCCAUUACCCCAAAGGUUACUACCUCCGUGGGGAUUUGCCUAAACACAUCCUUAGAGAAACAUUGCUCCCGGAGGCUCUGCCUUGGGUGGGUAUUCUUGCCCCUCAGAGCUACGGGUGGUGGUUGAGAAUCCUGGGCCAACUCCAGGGAAAUCCCUGCCUCGACAAAUUGGCCUAGCCAGGCUGUAUUCCAGCCCUGCCCCCUGGCUUGGGCCCCUCCCCAAGGCCCCCAGCCUGGCCCAACCCCCACCCCACAUGCACAUAAAAGGGUCGAAUUCUCGUGGCUGCUCCAUAAAUUUUAUUCCGUAAAUAUUAGUUUUCCCUGUGUUUAAUAAAGCAGUGGCCCACCUCCCCGCCUACCCGCCCGCUCCCCGGGGCCGGGGCUGGGGCCAGGGCUGGCUGGUGGGAGAAGGGACUCUUUCAAUUGCUUUGGAGUAUUUUUAGAAAAAAAAAUAAUAUAAGGUGGUUUACACGAGCAAGCCAGCAAACCAGGAGCAGGACUAGGGACCUCGAGGAAGUUCGUGCAGCCGCUUGACCUAAAAAUAGGGAAAUAGCGCCACCUAGGCUGCAAGGCCUACUUGGCCUUGCUGCGGGGCUCCCCUGCCCCCACAGUCAGCUGGGACAGGCAAGCUCUGGGCUGGAAGAGAAAUCUUCAUCCCUUAGCACUCCAGCUGGGCAGCACCUCCUUCAGUCAGGCCUGACUGAGGGCUUUACCAGGGGCCUUGAGGGCAGUGCCGCAGCUGCCUCCUUGGAAAAAAUCCCACCAGGGUCAUUCUCCACUCUGUCAUGGGUCAGCCGGUCUCCCAGAUCAAGGAGUGUUUCCAAAGGCUAGAAAAGUUAUUGAGAAGGGAAAGAGGAGCUUCUGGUCUCCAUCUUCCCAUUGAACCCGGAGGAGCUCACCCUGGAAUUUCUAGAGUGUAAGGUAACAAAGAGAGAGACCAGUGCUCCUAUGCUCCGGGCCAGGAAAGAAUCUGUCCGUAUCAGACCAACGUCCUUCCCCCGGGUCUGAUGCACUUCACCUACAGGGAGCACUUGGGGGAAGGAGAGAUGGUCAAGUCUCCUGAAUACUCAGCCCUUACUGCUGCUUAAUUUUAUCUGGUGGUACAUUUGAACUCCCGUUUCUUGCCUUCCUAUUCAUUGAAACCUCCCAUUUUUCCCCAGCCCUUACCCCCGCUCCUCGCCCUGGUCUGCUGGGAGAUGAGCAGGAGCCUCACGUGUCAGCCUCUGACUGGCGACGGCAGGAGGAGGGGCGAUGGAAAAGGCCACAACUUAGUCUUGUUCUGGAUGUUGUCGCCAGGGGCAUCUCCUUCUCUCCACAAUUAUUCUGUCCCUCAUGUUCUCCUAUUUACAAAACUAGAAAGAUUUGCUCCCAAGAGUAUAGGGGAACCUAAAAUCCUCUUAAUAACCCAUCCUCAUGGGGGCGCCUGGGUGGCUCAGAUGGUUAAGCAUCUGCCUUCGGCUCAGGUCAUGAUCCCAGGGUCCUGGGAUCGAGUCCCACAUCGGGCUCCCGGCUCAGCGGGGAGCCUGCUUCUCCCUCUGACCCUCUCCCCUCUCAUGCUGUUUCUCUCUCGCU